CCAAUGCCUGCCUUUGCGGGCGGCUUUGCCAGAGCGCACAUGCAUCUUGCGACAGCCAACAAUCCGAAGCCCAGAUGACUGCUGCAAUUUUCGUCAUCGUUCUCGUCCCGCAUCGGAAUAGAUUGCUAUUGCCAAUAGUCGACCCCCUCUCCGAUGCUGGAGGAUGGACCCCGGAAUGUCCAAGCGUGCCAACAACCCAAGCGUUCUGACCUACUAGUACAGAGUACGCAGGUACCUUACCUUGCACUUUUUGGCCAAAGGUGAAGUAUCUUGCAUCCAUCUCUUGAUGGCGCGGCGCACCCAUAUCACCGACCACACCGCUGCACCCGACUGAUCCUUUGCUGCAUGCGAGCCCCUUACAGAAUGUCUGGCUGACUUCUUGCAUGCAUCGCAUGGCUUGCAUCUCGGUAGCUCGGCUCAGAAAGGGAAGUGGUGGGUAGGGUUACGAUUGCGACUGCCAGCGGUACAUCGUCCUCGCCCACGUUCAUGGGCUUGUUGAACGUAUCGAUCCUUACCACGCCCUUCUUCUUUUAUUCCGCUUCAGCUCUUCAUCCACUUUCCGAACCGCGAUCCCCCACGAACAUGACGCCGCUUUGUGGCCUCGCCUUCGCGUCUCCCUUUUUACCGCAUACUUUUCUGACUCUCUUACACGUGUCUGGGAUUAUCCUCUUCGCCCAGUCUUGGACGCUCGAACCCGCCGCAAAACCUUCUUUCACAGACUUGAGUCCGGACCGUCGGUAUACACCAGAUGACAGCCGGCGCUGUGCCUGUAUCCAAGUUGUUGUUGCAAGCCAGGGCCACCCGUGGUCGAUUUUUGGACUUGCUGGAGGGGCCUCUCCCCGGACUCGAGCCGAAAAAGUCUGCUGCGCUUCAGAGAAGGGGCAUCAUACGAUCAACCUCGUUCCUGUGGCAGCGGUGCCCCUGCAUCGCCUAGCGAGCCUCCAAGGGCCCUGUAUCGCCUCAGCCCAAAGCUUGAUGAACCUUCGUCCGCUUGGCGGUUUUGGUAUCCGGUCGGCGGAAGCCAUCUUUUUCAGUAAUAACAUGGAGUACGGAGUACGGAUGGUAUUACUAAUUACCUUGUCUUUGCGUGACAUGGUGCACGUACGGAUAUUCUCUUCUGUCUACGCUAUCCGUAGUCCGAGACUUUGGCGCUACACCAAAGAGCCACUUCUUCGUCUUUGUCUAAAUUCUCGCAACGAAUCUAAAGCUAUCAACCCGUACCCUGGAGCCGCGACUAGUAAUCGCUUCGUCCACCGGGUCCCCCCACUUGUCUCGAGGCCUGACUACCGCUUGGCUUUUGGAGAUUUUUGGAGAAGCCCGUUGAGUCACGGGUGUUUGCAGGCAACCGGUUCAGGGUUCUCAGUCUUAAUCCUCACGAGUCUUCGCUGCUCUUAGUACCCAGUUUCUUGUUCAAUGAACCCGG